AUGGUUGAUGAAACUCGUGGCCUUUUCUUCGUGAUUAGCGGCCGAGAUUAUCAUAAUAAUAGUUGUCCCGACAUACAAGUUUACAAUUCUAAAAUCCAAAGAUGGAAUGACCCUCAAUAUUUACAAAGCUUUGUAUCAAAUGACUUUGUGACCGACUUUUGUGGACCACGUGCAGAAUGGUUGCGACCAGGUCUUAUGUUUAUGUGGGUUCAAAUUCUACAACACAAGAGUAAUAUUGUUCCAACUAAAUGUUCUGGCGUCGUUGGAUUAUUCAUUCAAUCAGACUACGUAUUUUAUUCACAAAAAUAUGGAUUUAUGAAGAUGUUGUGGGCACUUGGGACAAUAAGCUCAGUAUUAUUAUGA